AUGCUUUCUUCUGGCCUCCUCGUGAUCCAUGAUUCCGGCGGAGGUGGUAAGGAUGAGGUAUCCGAACUGACGGGAUGGAAGAAGAGUGUUGGUGUACUUCUCCAAGUCGUUAAGACGGAUGUUGAGUCUUGGAGAGAUGACGGAGGCCUUGUUGAGACGUCCGGUGAGGUUGACGACGAUCUUUCCGGCGCGGUGGUCGUCGACGAUCUCGAACUCUCCGAUGUAUCCGUGCUUCAUCAUGACGGUCAAGAAGCGGACGAUGACCUGGAAGAAUUUAUUGAGAACUUGAAGAGGGGCAUGCGGGGAGCUACUAGAAUUCAAACGGAUGAGCUGGUUACCUUCAAAGUUCAUAUCCCAGGAAGAUUCCGUUGCGAGAAUCUAACCAAGGGUGUCUCCGUUCAAGUUUAG